AUGGGAUUCGAGCCCGAGACAUAUUACCUCGGACCCAACAAGCAUUGCCCCAACAAUGACAUGCCAGUCCUGAUCUAUCGCGAUUGUCUGCCCCUACCACUCUCCGAGGCCAAAACAACCGAGUUCCUCGAAUCGCACGCCUGGGAGAAGAAAGGCACCUGGGGACAUAUCGCGUACAGGCAUUUUCAUCCCAAUACGCACGAGUGCUAUGGCAUUUUCCAGGGCGAAUCGAGGAUACUGGUCGGAUGCGGCACGAACGACACCUCGGGCGGCGAGGAGAUCGAGGUGCACGCCGGAGAUGUCAUCGUCCUCCCGGCUGGAACGGGCCAUUGCUGUCUCCAGAGCAGCACCGACUACAGAUACAUUGGCGUUUACCCAGAGGGAGCUCCCAAGUGGCGCAGCGAGCUGGGGAAGAACGAGGUUGGCGACGCCUAUAGACACGAGAUACAAAGUGUGGCAUUGCCGGUGCAGGAUCCUGUCAAUGGGUCAGAGGGACCGUUGUUGAAGUUGUGGACCAAGACGUGA